UUUAUAAAAUCUUCUCAAGUCUCAAACUUUCUAGCAAUUGAGCUUCCCCCCACCUCUCUCUCUCUCUCUCUCUCUCUCUCUCUCUCUCUCUCUCUCUCUUCCAAACAAAAAGAAAGGAGGAAAAAAGAAUAGAUGAAGAUGGUUGCAGGAGAUCACAUCCAAAUCCAAAAGUACUCGACAAUGCCAGAGGUCAUAGAGGAAUUAAAGAGAAUCAAGGACAUUGGGUUACCUAUUGCUGCAAUGGGCCUGGUGGGCUACCUCAAGAACAUGAUCUCAGUUGCAUGCAUGGGAAGGCUAGGUGCCCUAGAGCUCGCUGGUGGUGCCCUUGCCAUAGGCUUCACCAACAUCACUGGCUACUCUGUUCUCUCCGGCCUUGCCAUGGGAAUGGAACCCAUUUGUAGCCAAGCCUUUGGUUCACGCAAUCUUCCUCUAGCGACUCUCAUACUGAGAAGAACCAUUCUCAUUCUCCUAUGUGCUUCUCUCCUUAUUGGAUUCCUAUGGAGUAACCUUGAACCCAUCAUGCUUGGACUCCAACAGAAGCCAGACAUCACAAGAGUGGCUACCAUCUACUGCCAGUUUGCUCUCCCGGAUCUCAUAGCUAACAGCUUUCUUCAUCCUCUACGCAUCUACCUACGUAGUAAGGGAACCACAUGGCCACUAAUGUGGUGCACUUUGCCUGCAGUCCUUCUUCACCUACCCAUCACUGUCUUCUUAGCAUUUAAUCUCCGUCUUGGUGUCUCCGGCGUCGCCGUCGCCACCGUUAUCACCAAUUUUAAUUCCCUUCUAUUCCUUCUAUGCUACAUGUUCUAUACAAGCACAAGAACUCCUCAAGAAAAACCUCUAUGUAUGCCUCUAUCGCCACCUCCAUCAGUAACAGCAGUGUCUAUGGGAGAGAAAUGGGGAACAUUGUUCAGACUUGCUAUACCAAGUUGUCUAGGAGUUUGCUUGGAAUGGUGGUGGUAUGAGUUCCUCACAGUCAUGGCUGGGUACCUUGGGAAGCCUAGGGUAACACUAGCAACAUCGGCCAUAGUUAUACAAACCACUUCUCUCAUGUACACCUUACCCAUGGCACUAAGUGCCUCAGUGUCUACCAGGGUUGGUAAUGAGCUUGGAGCAGGAAACCCAAGAAAGGCUCGUUUAGCAAGUCAUGUGGCUAUGGGACUUUCCAUUGUAGCUUCCAUGGUUGGGUUGUUGUGGAACACAAUAGGGAGAGAAGCAUGGGGAAGAGUCUUCACCCAAGAUGAUGAAGUUCUUAAGCUGACAAUGGCAGUGUUACCCAUAAUAGGAUUAUGUGAGCUUGGGAAUUGCCCGCAGACGACAGGUUGUGGUGUUCUAAGAGGGACGGCAAGGCCUAGCAUCGGCGCGGCGAUAAAUUUCUAUUCCUUCUACAUGGUUGGAGCACCUGUGGGGAUAUUUCUUGCAAUAGUAUUGAAAGUAGAGUUUGUGGGUCUUUGCUAUGGACUGCUAGCGGCACAGAUUGCUUGUGCUCUCUCAAUUGGAACUGUGAUAUGUAAGACAGAUUGGGAGAGGGAGUCGUUGAAGGCAAGAGACUUGGCUGGGAGUGAGAGAGGUGGAAGCUCAGAUGAGGAUCAAAUAGCAAGCAAAGGUGAAAAAGAAGAAGAAGAAGAAGCAGAGUUUCUGAAAGAGGUAUGUGUGGAAGAGUGAAGGGGAGGGGCAAAGGGUGGGAAAUUGGUGGUAGUCUUUUUUUUGACUAAAAUUCCAACAUGAAUAGGAAUCCUGGUUGGCAAAAAGUAAGCAUUUUCUUUGAUUUGAUUGAUAUAUAUAUUUUAAUAUAAUAUAGUAUAUAAUUCAAAUCAGAACAUGAUCAUAUUCGUAUAUACAAACUUGGAUUUUGUUGAUU